GACCGAGCUGGAGGUGUUCAGUGACAGAGGAGGAAGGCUCAGAAAGAGGAGCGACUCCCCAUUUCCAGGAUGAGGAGGACCAAGUCCAGAGAAUGGAAGGUCUCUAACCUGGCCCACGGGACAUUCCAAGGGAGGGGGCACCUUUAUUUCUUGGUUGCACAUUGUCCCUUCCCCCUGAGCAGUUAGACCUCAGUCUCUCCCUGCUGUGCCACAUGACCUGGACAGGUGCCUUUGUUUCCCCACCUGAAGUGGGAGUAACAGCAGUCCCUCCUGUUGGAUGCUGGGGGAACUCAGCUUGGUGGGGAGCAGCUGCAGGAUGGGUGUGUUGUACUGUCUCCUCUCCCCUGGGCCAAGGCCAGGUGCCCAGUCCAUGAUGGGUUCCCAUUCUCGUCCGGAAUUCUCCCUGGACCGGCUAGCAGAGCAGCUCAUGGUGGCUGUUGGUCCAGGGUGACGAGGACCCAGCCUUGAGUCUGGGACCUGAGGACCAAGACCUGACAGGUGGCAGAGCAGGAGGGGACUAAAGGGUAAGUCCCAGCUAGGCACAGACUCGAACCCAGACCUCCAGAACAGCCCUUUCCAUGAAAACCAAAGGUGGGAACAAAUCAAGUGUCCACCAGCAGAUGAAGAAAGGGUGCAGCUGCCACCUGCAGCAGCGUGGGUGACCAUGGCAACACGGGGAGAAGCCAGGCACCGACACCAGAGGGCUGUUGAGGGAUGCCCAAAAAGUUCCAGGGCGAGAACACCAAGGCGGCAGCGGCCCGGGCUCGGAAGGCGGAGGCCAAGGCGGCAGCUGAUGCCAAGAAGCAGAAGGAGCUGGAGGAUGCCUACUGGCGGGAUGAGGACAAACACGCCAUGAGGAAGGAGCUGCGCAAGGAGGAGAAGGAGAAGCGGCGCCUGGAGCAGCUGGAGCGCAAGAAGGAGGCGCAGCGGCUGCUGGAGGAGGAGGACUCCAAGCUCAAGGGUGGCAAGGCCCCGCGGGCAGCCGCCCCGGGCAAGGUCACGCGCGCCCAGAUCGAGGAGACACUGCGUCGCGAUGGCCAGCACCGGGAGGCCUCGGAGCCAGCUGAGAAGGCCCUGAGCCACCUGGAGGUGCCGCUGGAGGAGAAUGUGAACCGGCGCGUGCUGGAGGAGGGCAGCGUGGAGGCUCGCACUGUGGAGGACGCCAUUGCCGUGCUCAGCGUGGCUGAGGAGGCGGCCGACCGGCACCCCGAGCGGCGCAUGCGGGCAGCCUUCACGGCCUUUGAGGAGGUGCAGCUGCCAAGGCUCAAGCUAGAAAACCCCAACAUGCGACUGUCGCAGCUGAAGCAAAACGCCCCUUCAUGCUGCGACCACACCUUCGGAAUCCCGAGCCCGCGCCUGCGCACCUGCGGCAGGGAAUCCCAGGCUGAGCCGCAGCGCGCGGGAGGGGGCGUGUGA